UGGGUCUGGGCUUGCCAAGCCCAAUCCGCGCUACAAUGACGCACUAGCCAACACGUCAAAUGCGCGGUCACGACACAGCACAUGCCAAACUUGCUUGGGUUUUUUGGCAGCUACUGAAUACUGCUUGCGCUCAUCGUGCAUCGCUCUCGCGGGCGCUGGUCUUCGCUCAAGUGCAACCAUGACCUGGACUACAUGAUACAGACCUGUCCAAACCACAGUCGCUAUCUUCUACCUCUCGCGCCAUAAACCAUGGAGUCCUCAAAGCCAAGGCCGGAGCUCAGAGAACGCGCCAGUUCAGCUGCAUCCAAAGCAACAAUAUCGCAUGAGAGUCUUCACGAGAAAUCCGAGGAGUAUGAAGUUGCGUCUUCCGUCGCCGCUAGCCCCGAACUCUUGCCACAAGAUGACACGCUCUCAAAUAACUUUAAGCCGGAGGCCGAUCUGGACAAGUUGCCUGGAGUAGGACAGCCACGUACAGAGAGUGAACCAUCCAAGUUCGGUGGCGAAGAGGAGGACCCUGCGGUGGGCAUGUCCUUUCAGAGACCUACGAGUCCAGCAACCAUCCACAAAGUCAAAGAUGUCUCGUACCAGAAAGUUGGUGAGAAUGGCAUCAGUCGAAUGCACAAAUUCUCGUUGUACGAAACAAGUACACGGUUUUACCUGAUCGGGGCCGACAUCAUGGAACAACAAUAUCGUGUGCUCAAGAUCGAUCGAACAUCAGCGCCUGGUCUUCUGAACAUUUUCGAGGACGAUAUAGUGUACAAUAGGAAAGAGAUGUACAGGCUUUUGGGCACGAUCCAGGACGGCAAUAAAGGCACAGGCGGUCUGAAGCUCAAAUGUAGCACGUGGGGUCUACUGGGAUUUAUACGGUUCACUGAUGCUUACUACAUGCUUUUGAUAUCCAAGAGAGUCCAGGUGGCGAUGCUAGGCGGUCACUAUAUUUACCAGGUUGAUGGAACUGAGAUGAUUCCGCUUACGACGGGAUCCACCACACGAUUCCAAAAGGACAGAAAUCCGGAAGAAGCCAGAUUCCUUGCAAGCCUCGCCAAUCUGGAUUUGACUCGGGCUUUUUAUUUCAGCUAUUCGUACAAUAUCACGAGGAGUCUUCAACAAAACAUCGUACACGAGAGGACAGCUUUAAACGCGGGCAUCGAAAACCCGAAACGCGACUAUCAAGACAUGUUUGUCUGGAACCACUAUCUACUAGAUCCCGCUCGUGCCAACUUGAAAAACGUUUAUGAUUGGUGUCAUCCAGUCAUACAUGGAUACGUGGAUCAGUCGUCUCUCGAUGUGUUUGGGCGUAGGAUUUAUAUCACUAUCGUUGCUCGGCGAUCCCGACACUUUGCAGGAGCUAGGUUCUUGAAGAGAGGAACAAAUGACUUAGGGUAUGUCGCCAACGAUGUGGAGUCUGAACAAAUCGUGUCUGAAGCGCUCACAACUUCCUUCCACGCGCCCGGCCCACGGCUGUACACAAGUCCAACAUACACAUCAUAUGUACAACACCGUGGCAGUAUACCACUCUAUUGGACCCAAGACAAUACAGGUGUGACACCGAAACCAGACAUUGAUCUGAGCCUUGUAGAUCCAUUCUACAGCGCUGCCGCCCUCCAUUUCGACAAUCUGUUCGAACGAUACGGCGCCCCCGUCAUAGCUCUAAAUCUAAUCAAAGCACGAGAGCGCACACCGAGAGAAUCCAAGCUUCUGUAUGAAUACAAAUACUGUAUCGAUUACCUCAACCAGUCCUUACCCAAAGGCAAAAAGAUACGUUACGAGGCCUUCGACAUGUCUCGAGCUGCAAAAACGCGUGGCCAAGAUGUCAUUGGCACUCUUGAGAGCCUGGCCGAGAAGGUCCUUCUCGAUACAGGCUUCUUUCACAAUGGAGAUGAAACGGGUGGCACACCGCAGGUGCAGAACGGUGUAGCGAGAACGAAUUGCAUCGACUGCCUCGAUCGCACAAACGCGGCUCAAUUCGUAAUCGGCAAAAGAGCUCUUGGUCGCCAGCUGCAGGCUCUUGGUGUGAUUUCUGGAAAUACUGUCGAGUACGACUCAGACUGUGUGGAGAUGUUCACUCACAUGUUUCAUGGUCAUGGAGACACCAUUGCGAUACAGUACGGAGGAUCCCACCUAGUCAACACGAUGGCAACAUAUCGGAAAAUCAAUCAAUGGCAAAGCAGUUCUCGAGAUAUGGUGGAAAGCUUCAAGAGAUACUACCACAACUCAUUCCUCGAUUCACAACGACAAGAAGCGUAUAAUCUCUUCUUGGGCAAUUACACCUUCCACCAAGGCCAACCUAUGCUAUGGGAUCUAUCGACAGACUACUAUCUCCAUCAUGCUGAUCCACGCGCAUAUCUAGAAAGACAACGACGAGAUUACAAUAAGUGGUUCACGCCCUCGAAUCUAGAGCCUCGGACACUGCCCUCAGCCAAUCUCGCAACGACGCAGAGCAAGUGGCUACAAUCUAACAUCAGCUUCCGCGAUGACUACUGGCUCGAAUACUACCGACCUUUGGCUCUAUCGUCGUUUCUCAAAAUCUUCGCCUUCCGACUAGCAUCACCAAACCGGGCUGCACGCGAUAGCAGGGAUGGACUUGCACCCUCGCGGGUUGAUAAUAUAUCGCCAUUCGUUCCCCGCAAGAAACAACAAGAACAGAUCGCUCAGCGAAACGCUACUAAGAAGGGACCGCGAAAAGGCGUUACUAUACUUGAUCCUGUGAGUGAGACGGACUCGCAACAGGGCAGCAUCAUGGCUCGGAGGCGCCACCACCCUCAGCUUAGCGUGCCUGACACCAAUUCUGUUACCCAUUCGAUCCUUCGAGAUCCGCAUUUUGAGACGGAUAUGCCUUCCUCGGCACCCGCCGCGAUGAGCUCUUUCCCGCCGAUUUCAACUUCCAUGUCGACAUCGACAGGUUUGGCCUCAACUGUUCGACCCGGCUUCAAGCCCGCCGACAAAUCACUCAUCAACCAAUGGUCAUUGGCGCAGUUUUACGACAACAGUAUGAAUCCGACUGUUUCUGGUUCUGAAGCAGAUGAGUACGCACGUUACAUUGAACAUCCGUUAAAUCUACCCCUGGUCGUUAGCAGUGAGAUGCCGAGCGCAGACGACCCUGCUGCUAUGGAGUACUAUGAGUUCUUAUGCAUGAGUGAGGAUGGACCACAGCCGCCGACAGAUGCCGAUUCUAGCAUGGCUCCCUCUGGUCUUCCCCGAUACGACACUGACGUUAUGUCAGUUCGCUCUUUCCAGUCCUAUUCGCGACCCAUGACCUCGGCCUCGGUCAGCACCCCGUUCUCGCACGCUCCAACAUACUCUUGGCCGCAAAGUCUGAACUUCCAUCCUCAUGUUUUUCCCUCCUUUCCUGAUGAGCCGCCGCUGACGUACUCGACGCCUGGCAAGUUCCAGAUAGCGGAAGAAGAUAUUGAAGAGUUCGAAGAGUAUCUGUACGUCAAAGAGAAUCCGCUCGAUGUCGAGGAAGAGGAUGGUACCAAGAAACGAUACAAAGCCUACAGGCAAUGGCUGAAAGGAAAGAGUUUCUUCAAGCAGAGUAAGGUGGAUCCCGAGUGGCAAAACCAGCUACCCGUUAGAUGAUGAGCUUGACAUUUAUUGAGUGCGCACGGCGUUCGGGGACUGGUAGAGGGAAAAGACAGCAUUGUAUGAGGUGUUGUGCAUUUCAGGUGUAAUGUUCAGCGUUUUAUGAACGCCGGCUUGGACGUUUCUAGUUUGCACGCUGAAUGACAAGCUCCACGUCCAAACAUCUAGUGCACCACAUGA